GAACAUCGUCUCUAUCUAGCAGUAACUCCCCUUUAUCGUUUACAAACAAAAAAAGAAACUAAGUACUUUUACACAGAUCAGGAAUUAGAAGACUAUCAACAACAAAUUAAAGGAACUGUUGGUCGUUUACAACGUUUUAAAGGAUUGGGUGAAAUGAAUCCCCAACAAUUACGGGAAACUACGAUGGCGGUCAAGAAGCGUUGCCUUCAUGAAUUAUUACUUCCUAAUCCACCCAGCAUUCGUGACAUCAUUGAAGACUUAAUGGGUCCCAAAAGUGAACCACGAAAAAGACGUUUAGAGAGUGGUGAACAUAAAAAUGCUCAAUUAACAGUGGUUGAUAAUAAAGUGGAUGUCGGCCAAGCUUUAUUAGUAAAAUUCCUGGAAUAUGCUUAUGCCGUAGUCGAAGACCGAGCUUUACCACAAUUAUAUGACGGCUUAAAACCAGUACAACGAAGAAUACUUUAUACUCUUUAUGAGUUAGGACUUUUUCCCAACAAAGCCCAUCGUAAAGCGGCUAAGGUAGUCGGAGAUGUAAUUGGUAAGUAUCACCCACAUGGUGACCAAAGUGUUUACCAAGCUAUGGUGAAAAUGGCUCAAGAUUUCCAUUACCGUUAUCCACUGAUUGAUGGACAAGAUUUGGCUUUUGAAACAGUGGAAUGGAUUGAUAACUAUGAUGAAAACGAACAAGAACCAAAAAUUUUACCGGCCAGUCUGAACUUAUUAUUGAAUGGUUCCAGUGGUAUUGCGGUCGGAAUGAGUACUAAUAUUCCACCUCAUAACUUAGGAGAAGUAGUUGAGGCUACUAUUAACCUCAUCCGAGAACCAGAAAUUAGUUUAGAACAAUUAAUUACUUAUCUGCCGGCUCCUGAUUUUCCCACUGGUGGACAAAUCCUAGAACAAGAAAAAUUACACAGUAUCUACGAGAAAGGCGAAGGAACUAUUUAUAUUCGGGCCAAAGCGGAAAUUACUUCCAGUAAACUGGAAAAAGAAACGAAAUUAGAUGGUUUAACUAAACCAAAAAAAGAUUUAAUUCAUGUUACUGAAUUACCUUAUAAAGUUAAUAAAGCUAAAUUGGUCGAGCAUAUUAGUCGGAUAAUUAAGGACAAAAAAAUUGAUGGCUUGCGGAAUGUGGCUGAUUAUUCUAGUUGA